AUGACUUCGAGGAGCUCGAGGACGCGUGGACCCUCCCAUGCCGCUGCAGCGUUGCUCAGAGGUGGUCUGGGUAGGGUACGAGGCAGUCGAGAGCGGUUGAUAGAGCAGAUUCUCGAAGUUGACAAGCUCACAGAGCGUUCUUGCCGCUCUCAUACUACGCCGAGCUUAUCCCGCCGUCGUUACGUCGAUGGAUCUCACCGGUCAUUCUGGCCGCGGUGUAACGGUCAUCGCCAACCAUCAUUUUGGGCGCUGUAUCCUCCCAGACCUAGUCCGACUUCUUCCAUUCCAGGGCCGUAUACAUAA